AAACCUUCAGGAAGCGUCGAGUCUAUGAGGUUAUUAGGACACGUGACGUCGAUUGGUACAAUCGAUCAAUCAUUGACGAGAAUAACAAAGUUGAGUGGACUUCAAACAUGGCGGGCAGUUCUCCACAGGUCUUGAAACAGGCAUUUCACGAGACUUACGAGCUAAAAGAAGAACUGGGAAAAGGUGCAUUCAGCAUUGUUCGACGGUGUGUACACAAGGAGACGAGAGUUGAGUAUGCCGCGAAAAUUAUCAACACGAGAAAGUUAUCAUCUAGAGAUCUUCAAAAGCUCGAGAGAGAAGCUAGGAUAUGCCGUCUUCUGAAACACGCAAACAUAGUUAGACUUCAUGCUAGCAUUGCUGAAGAAGGAUACCACUACCUUGUGUUUGACUUGGUUACUGGAGGAGAAUUGUUUGAAGACAUUGUUGCUAGAGAAUACUAUAGUGAAGCUGAUGCCAGUCACUGCAUUCAGCAGAUACUGGAAAGUGUUCAUCAUUGCCAUCAAAAUAAUGUUGUUCAUCGAGAUUUGAAGCCAGAAAAUUUGCUCCUUGCAAGUAAAGAAAAAGGUGCUGCGGUCAAGCUAGCUGACUUUGGAUUAGCCAUUGAGGUAGAUGGUGACAAGCAUGGCUGGUAUGGAUUUGCUGGUACACCAGGAUAUCUUUCUCCUGAGGUACUCAAGAAGGAGCCAUACGGCAGGCCUGUUGACUUAUGGGCCUGUGGUGUUAUCUUGUACAUCCUACUUGUUGGUUAUCCUCCAUUUUGGGAUGAAGAUCAACACAAGUUAUACGCUCAGAUAAAAGCCGGCGCUUAUGAUUACCCGUCGCCUGAAUGGGAUACAGUUACAGAUGAGGCGAAGGAACUUAUAAACACUUUGUUAUCUGUUGAUCAGUCCAAGAGGAUCACUGCGUCUGAGGCCUUGAAACAUCCAUGGAUUGUGAACCGUGAACGUGUGGCUUCUAAAGUACACAGACAAGAAACUCUGGACGGACUGAAGAAAUUCAAUGCCAGAAGAAAACUCAAGGGCGCAAUUCUCACCACUAUCCUGGCAACAAGUAAUUUUAAUCUUUCUGCAGUGCGACCUUUCGUUAGUAAGAAAAAAGGAUCAGAUGAGGAACUUAUGACUCAUUCUGAAGAUGAACACGAGGUUGAUGUAGUGGCUAAUAAAGCUCGAGAGCAACAUAUCAUCCAGCUUACACAGAAGCUGAUUACCAGUAUAACCACAGGAGACUUCGAAACAUACAGCAAAUUAGCUGACCCUCAUAUAACAGCAUUUGAACCAGAAGCUCGAGGUCACCUGGUUGAAGGUCUAGAGUUCCACAAAUUCUAUUUUGAGAAUGUUCUUAGCAAACGGACAACUCCAAUCAAUACGACUAUAUUGUCGCCACAUGUUCACAUGCUUGGAGAAGAAGCUGCUUGCAUCUGCUAUGUCCGACUUCAACAGUACAUCAACAGUGCUGGUGCUGCCUUGACAAGUCAAUCAGAGGAAACACGUGUCUGGCACAAAAAGUCUGGACACUGGGUCAACGUACAUUUUCACCGAUCAGGAGGCAGUACGAUCAGUUAAGAAUGCGUCACUCCCAGUAGGCGCUGACGUCACUUCAUUUGGCAAAGACUACUUUUCAUGAGAAUAGCCUGGAACGAGGACGGAAUGGCACGUGACUAUGUGGAGAGCGAAAUACAUGACGGUUACUGGAAAUGAACCUCAUUCACACAAGGAAAUAUUGUUUAUCACAGGAAAUAUUGUUUAAUUAUUGAUAACGGGUCAAGAUGUGUAGGUCCUGAGUGUUAUUGCAACAAAUAUUGCAAGGAAAUAUUCGUGUCUUGGUGAUGCGAGAAUGUGAAUUGAAUUCAAGGCUGUAAAUAUUUCGUUAACAAUAUAGUUGUUUUUAAUUCUGAUGUAUAGUCGCCAUUUUCUUACCAAAGGACAUCAAAAAGGAAAAACAACGGGGCGGAAUCCUCCCCUAUGGAGGAUAUUUAUUAAUUUAUUUUCAAUGCACAUGUUAUUGUCAGUAGCUCGUUGUAGGUAAUUUUGAAAUUUGCUACAUGUGUAAUAUUGUAACGCUUUACUCCUAAGAGGUAUUGAUGGUAUGGGUCACGAUGCAACAAAUUCUAGUAUUAUUUUUAAUCUAAUUUUAUCACUAGGAAAUAGGAAUUUCUUUUAAUUUUUGAAUUUCUUCCCGGGGGGGGGGUGUAGCAAGAUUGAGGAAACAAUUUGUAAAUUAUGCUAGCUUGUGAAUGACUUGAGUUCAUCAAAGUUAUUGAUAAUAGAGUGGUUUUCAUUUGAGAGUCGAAAAGUAAUUGGUUUUGCACUUUCUACGCCUCACAAUUGGCUUAAAAACUCGCGCCACUUUUUGAUCCAAUCAGAAGUACAACCAAAACCAAUUGUAACGCGUUCGCAUGUAUUUUCCCGCACUUUGCGUCAGCUACCUGUAAUUACUUCGAGCUUUGAUUGGUUCAUUGUAUUGUCUGUGUCCUCUGUGAUUGGCUAGAGUAAUUACUUUGGUUUUGGUUUUACCACACUCAAUUGAAAACCACUCUACUAGCGGUUUUAGUGUUUUUAGUGUGUUUUUACAACUCUCUAGUAGGUAAUGGUGGAUGUAAUAGCACGAGUAGCAUUAGCUAGGAGGUAAAAAAAAA